AUGUCGUCAAAAGCCAGAUCUUUAGCCGCCAUGAAGGGCGAGAAACCACUCCGUAAAAGAAAGAAGAAGAUGCCGUCUCCUUCUCCGUCUCCGUCUCCGGUGAGACAAGAACCGAACUCGAUCGUGUCACUUCCUAAUGACUUGUUGUUCAACUGCAUUUCACGCGUCUCUAGAUUAUACUACCCAACUCUCUCCCUCGUUUGCAAAACUUUCCGAUCCAUUGUUGCUUCACCGGAGCUUUACGAGACCCGAUCACGCUUAAACCGAACCGAGAAGUGUCUCUAUCUUUGCUUGACCUUCCAAUUCGACACGAACACACAUUGGUUCACUCUCUGCCGGGAACCUAACAAAAACGUAGCCGACAAGUCAAGUGGCUAUCGUCUGGUCCAGAUUCCAUCUCCCUUUGCUAUGGUUCCUGCGCAAUCGUCAAGUGUCAUAGCCGUUGGUUCUGAUAUCUACAAAAUCGGCGGCGCUAAAUCUUGUCAAUUCAAGUUCAAGACGCGCCGUUGUUCUUAUGUCUCUGUCCUGGAUUGUCGGAGUCACAGGUGGCGUCAGGCUCCAGGAAUGCGAUUGGCCAGGAGCUCUUCUUCCACCGUAAGCGUAGUUGAUGGUAAGAUAUAUGUAGCAGGAGGCUGUGAAGAAUACAGAUCCACUAACUGGAUGGAAGUGUAUGAUCCAAUGACCAAAACUUGGGGCUCUGUGACGAACCCUCAUAUCCAGGAGAUAUACGAUGAAUAUCAAUCUAGACGUGUACUCAAAGGCUUAGGGCUUGAAGGAAAGCUAUACAUGUUUGGGGAAGAGUUUAAGGUUUACAAUCCUAAGGAAGGUAAAUGGAACGAUAUAGGAGAGGAUAGGCCAAUGUGGCGUGCAAUAGACUCUAGGUCAUGCAUAAGCUCUAGUUCUUGCGUGGUAGACAAUGUCUUGUUCAUUUGGGAGAAGGGUUUGUUCAAAUGGUAUGACUUUAAGGUAAAAUUAUGGAAGGAUUUGAACGGUGUUGAAGGGUUGCCUGAUUUAAGCGGCCAUGAGUAUUGUAAAAUGGUGGAUCUUGGUGGAAAGAUUGCGGUUUUAUGGGAAGAGUCUCUGCCCUAUAAGGGAUUUAAUAAGAUUUGGUGUGCUGAGGUUAGCCUUGAAAGACGCGAUGGAGAUGAGAUUUGGGGGAAGGUUGAGUGGUUUGAUAAUGUGCUUAGUGUCCACUAUUCUGGUUCCUUGCUCGAUGCCAAUGUUGUUUCCGCUGUUGUUUGAUAAAAUGGGGCUAUACUCAUAUGAGAUUAAGCUUGAACGGCUUCAUAUAUGCGGAUCAUAAUCUCAUUUUGUUUUGAGUAUUUGAGUUUUUGU